AUGUAUAGUCAGCGUAGCUUAAUUUCCAAUCUUCUACUGCUCAUAGCUCUCGGAGAGCAAGUUCGCGCAGUCAAGUAUGAUUAUCUGCUCGAAUAUGAGGAAAUAUUUGUUGAUUGCCGAGAGCCUCCGGAGAAUUCGCUGAAUAUCCAUGGUCUAUUUGAUAUAAGCAACGUUUCUUUGAAUUUUAAUGGUGAUUUCGUGCACGUUACUGGCAACUUUACAUCAAUAUGGGAUGUCGAACCAACAGAUCGCAUUGCGUUAUCAGUACAAACAUUUCAAUAUAAACGAGGAAAUUGGGAACCAACAUUCUUCAGCUAUAACAUUGGCGAUUUUUGUUCUAGAAUGUAUGGUCCUGAUGAGCAUUGGUACGAUUUCUGGACCAAACAUAUUAUUAACGAUGUGAAAAGCAAGUGCAUUAAUACACCAGGCACAUUGCUUAUUCUCGAAGAAUACGAUGUGAAUGUUUCAUUCGAUAUCCGUGUCGCUGGCCCUUCGUUAGCUGGAUUAUAUGCUAUUGUUGCUAAAUUUGAAGCCAUUGAUAAAUAUAACAGGAAGCGGCCGACAACUAUUUGCUUUGAAGUACGAGGUGAAGUGGUCAAGAAAUCGAAAUAG